AUGUCGGUCUCACGAUUGCUCAGGCCUGCCUCGAGGCUCCUCUCACAGCGCCCAGCAGGCUCUUCCUUGUUACGUCCGGCGUUCCGUAGAGUCGCGCCAAUCUCACUACCUACGAUUCGAGGAUAUGCGUCAGAAUCCAGCCAGACCUUCACAGUUCGAGAUGCCCUGAAUGAAGCUCUGGCCGAAGAGCUUGAGGCGAAUGACAAGGUCUUCGUCAUUGGAGAAGAGGUCGCUCAAUACAAUGGCGCAUACAAGGUCACAAAGGGACUCCUGGAUCGUUUCGGACCCAAAAGAGUGAUCGAUACCCCCAUCACCGAAUCUGGCUUUUGCGGGUUGGCUGUUGGUGCGGCAUUGGCUGGUCUGCAACCUGUCUGCGAGUUUAUGACCAUGAACUUUGCCAUGCAGGCAAUUGACCAAAUCAUCAACUCGGCAGCGAAGACACAUUACAUGUCCGGCGGUAUCCAGCCUUGCCCGAUCGUGUUCCGAGGCCCCAACGGUUUCGCCGCUGGUGUUGCAGCUCAGCAUUCACAAGACUACUCCGCUUGGUAUGGGAGCAUCCCAGGCUUGAAGGUGGUAGCUCCCUGGAGUGCAGAGGACGCAAAGGGUCUCUUGAAGGCUGCAAUCCGAGACCCUAACCCGGUGGUGGUGUUGGAGAACGAACUCCUUUACGGCCAAGCGUUCCCCAUGAGUGCGGAAGCGCAAAAGAAUGAUUUUGUCAUCCCUUUCGGCAAGGCUAAAAUUGAACGACCGGGCAAAGAUCUGACGAUCGUCACACUCUCGCGUUGCGUCGGUCUAUCACUUGAGGCUGCCGAGCAGCUGAAGAAGAACUAUGGUGUGGAAGCUGAGGUGAUCAACUUGCGCUCGGUCAAACCUCUGGACGUUGAGGCAAUCGUCAAGUCAAUCAAGAAGACAGGCCACCUUCUGGCCGUGGAAUCAGGAUUCCCUUCUUUUGGUGUUUCGUCCGAAAUCCUCGCCUUGGGCUGCGAAUAUGCAUUCGACUAUCUCCAGGCACCUCCUGUGCGUGUGACUGGCGCAGAGGUGCCCACGCCGUAUGCACAGAAGCUGGAAGAGAUGGCCUUUCCUCAAGUUGACACCAUCACCACCUACGCAGCGAAGCUACUGAGGGUGUAG